AUGCAGUACGCUUCUCCCAUCUAUCUUAAAAGAUCACCGUAUCGUCUUUAUCGACCGUAUCAGUUUGAAAUUCAACGAACAACAAUUCCUAACAAUUCAGCAGUACUUCAUCGUACACCAAAUCUUGAUAUCUUAUCAGAAAUUAAUCGACGAUCUAGACGACUCGAACGUAUUGUUUCUUAUCAAAAAAUUUUAACAGUUACUCAGAUGUUACUUUCACUACUUUUGAUUAUAAUGGAAAUGACAAAAAUUUUGUUAAUAUGGGAGCAUUUCAAUAAUUGGGAACAAAAAUUUGUCCUCAUAUGCGAAAUGUUUCAACCAAUACUUUUUGCUACUAUCGCAUUUAUAACAUUUUAUAGCGUUUUGCGACCAACAAAAAGUAUUACACAAAUCGCUAUCGCAUCACUUGUCGCAACAUUAAUACCAUUAUUUCUGUUUCCCACUCAAUCGCCAUUUGUGCUCAAUGGAAUUGAAGCAAUGCGCUUGAAUCGAUUGAUCGAUCAUCGAUCGACAAUAUUAGCCGAUGAAAUACAAUCUGAAAUUUCAUCAAUGUCAGAUGGUUUGGGUAAUUUCGAACGAUUGCAACAAUUAGCGCAAUUACCAAUUAUUACACUUUCGAAAAAUGUUAGAGCACAGGAUUGGAAGUCAAUUCCGACUUUUUCUUCAGCUAUACCUUCUCCUUUAUCAUCAUCAUCAUCACUGUCAUCCUUAUCAUCAUUAUCAUCAUUAUCAGCAACAACAACAGCAACAACAUCAUUCUAUUCAAUUCAACAACUGCUCAGUUAUUUCGUCCAAAAAUAA